AUGAGCCCCGUGGCCCUGGUGCUGGUGGGCCUGAAGACCCUGGGCCUCCUGGCCCUCUCCUCCCUCCCCGGCGCCCUGGCCCUCAACAACAGCGGACGAUGGUGGGGAAUCAUCAAUGUGGCCUCUUCCACCAACCUGUUGACUGACUCCAAGAAUGUACAGCUGGUGCUAGACCCUUCCCUGCAGCUGCUGAGCCGUAAGCAGCGCAAGCUCAUCCGCCAGAACCCGGGCAUCCUCCACAGCAUCAGCAGUGGCCUGCAGAGUGCCAUCAAGGAAUGCAAGUGGCAGUUCCGUAACCGGCGCUGGAAUUGCCCCACCACUCCUGGGCCCAACAUUUUCGGCAAGAUUGUCAACAGAGGUUGUCGAGAAACUGCUUUCAUCUUUGCUAUCACUAGUGCUGGGGUUACACACUCGGUGGCCCGCUCCUGCUCUGAAGGCUCCAUUGAAUCAUGCACCUGUGACUACCGCCGGCGGGGCCCAGGUGGUCCGGACUGGCACUGGGGUGGCUGCAGUGACAACGUUGACUUUGGCAGGGUCUUUGGACGAGAGUUCAUUGACUCCAAUGAGAAAGGGCGGGAUCUGCGUUUCUUGAUGAAUUUGCACAACAAUGAGGCAGGACGUCUGACUGUCUUCACAGAGAUGCGCCAGGAGUGCAAGUGCCAUGGGAUGUCGGGCUCUUGCACAGUCAAGACCUGCUGGAUGCGGCUGCCUACCUUCAGGACAGUGGGAGACUUCCUCAAGGACCGCUUUGACGGUGCCUCGCGGGUCAUCUAUGGCAACAAAGGGAGCAACCGGGCCUCCCGAGUGGAGCUGCACCACCUAGAGCCAGAGAACCCGGCCCACAAACCUCCUUCACCAGUAGACUUGGUCUACUUUGAGAAAUCACCCAACUUCUGCACCUACAGUGGCAAGACGGGCACAGUGGGCACAGCUGGGCGCUCCUGCAACAGCUCAUCUCCGGCCCUGGACGGCUGUGAACUGCUGUGCUGCGGGAGGGGGUACCGAACCCGGAUGCAGCGGGUCACCGAGCGCUGCAACUGCACAUUUCACUGGUGCUGCCAUGUCAGCUGCUUGAACUGCACCAACAUGCAUGUCUUGCACGAGUGCUUGUGAGCAAGGGGAGGGAAAGUGAAGGACAUUCCCCUCCCUCAGGAAAAACAGAAGCACUCCUUAUUUGAUAGAAGGCU